UCAGCAAUCGAGAGACAGUUUCGCCACCAAAACCCCAAGUAGAAUCCAGGAGUCGAGGACAUGCACAUGCUCAAGGGAUUACUUAUCGUGGUCUGCCUGGCAGCCAUUGCCAGCGCCAAGCCCCAUCAGGCCAAGAGCGGUCAGAACUAUCAGCUGUUUGGACGCAGCCGCGAUGAGCCCGCCGCCCAGGGUCGCCUGAGCGCCAUUCAGCUGACGGACAUCAUCAACAGCCUGAAGGGAACGACGACAAGCACCACAGUGGCGCCAACGACCACCUCCACGGGCACCACGACCACCACCAUUACGCCCGAACCCACAACCUCCUCGGGUACCAGCACUUCCGCCACCGUGCCCACCACAUCCACUAGCACUGGCCCUACCACUCUCCGCCAGCUGGACGACAACAACGUUGACGAGGAGCUGGAGGAUGAGGAGGAGGAUGAGCACCAUCAGCUGGCCGGCUUCGAGCUGAACGAUGAUGAGGAGCAGGAUGAUGAUUCCCAGGAGAUGGCUGCAUCGGCAGCACGCGCCACCCGCAACAACUCGAGCCGCCGUCGCCAGAAUCGUCUGCGCAGUCAGCGUCGCAAGCAGCGUCGCCAGGCCAACCAGCGCCGUCGUCGCCAGCAGCAGCGCCAGCAGCGUCGUCGCCAGAAGCGUCGCCAGCAGCAGCAGCAGCGUCGUCGCCGCCAGCAGCAGAACCGUCAGCGUCAGCGUCGCAAUCGUCGCUCCAACCAGCGCCUCAUGAAACGCUUCCGUCAGGCCACACCCAACAGGAACCGUCGCAUUCGUGUGCUCAACUAACAAACCUAACGGGAUAUGUAAGCAACGGUAAUGAAUGGAAAUAAAGAACAGAAAUUACAAGACGUA